AUGAGGAAUUCUGAUGUUGGCCAUUCAGAUCGCAAGGAGGGACGGAGAGGAGCACCUCCGGUGCUUGACUGGAUCGACGAUGGUGAACGGAAGCAGCAGCAUUUGCCGAUCCCUUGUAGAGUACCACCUGAUUGUCUUGUUUGGAUAAAGAAGAAGGAAAAUGAAAGCAGAUGGGUGGAUCUUGGAACACGAAGAAGGGAGCAGGGGAGAGACGAAGGUGGUGACAGGGGGCUCCGGUCAUUUUGCUCGAUAAUCACAGUGAAGACAGAGAGGAGUUGUGAGGGUGGUGAUUGGUGAUUGGUGGUCUCCAGGCUCCACCGGUGGUCAUAGCAACAGCCACAUAGGUGAUGAUUGGUUAUCGGAACAGGAGGAGCACAAUCGGGGUUGUGAAGUCGAUUGGAAGGAAGAAGAGAAAAAAGAGUGUUGCUGGUCUUUUGGUUUCACUGGAACAACUCCUCCGAUGGAGGACUUUGACAAACAAUUAAAGAAGAAAGAGGAAGAGAGAUGGAUCGAAAGUUUAAGUGUGUGGAAUGAAUUACGAUUGCCAGCUACGUUCUUGAUUAUCUCCCACAGAUUUUAGAUUUUGGGAAGACUUUGGUCGAUUUCUUUGUACUUCCAAAUCUAUUAGUAUCUUAUGUGAUUGUUUGUGUGAGUGUGAAUCUUGUAUAGCUUCCUUUGUGCGAGUAUGUAUAUUGUAUAGCUUCCGAU